AUGGGGGCUCGGUAUGACGUGUUUUUGAGCUUUAGAGGCGAAGACACUAGAGCGACUUUCACCUCACAUCUCUACUCUCUAUCGAGCGCUGGAAUUCAUGUUUUCAAAGAUGAUGCGGUCCUUCCCAGAGGGAAUCCUCUCUCAAGUGAAUUGUCACGAGGAAUUGAACUUUCCACAAUUUCAAUCAUUAUCUUCUCCAAAGAAUAUGCUGGUUCUAGAUGGUGCCUUAACGAGCUCUCACAAAUCAUGGAGCUUCACAGGGCACAGGGUCGAGUUGUUCUGCCUGUGUUCUAUGGGGUGGGUCCAUCCGAAGUUCGUAAUCAAAUAUCUGGUUUUGAAGAAGCAUUUCGAGAUUUAAUACAACGAAGUUCACUCACAGAAGAAGAAGUGUUGAGGUGGAGAACAGCUCUCCGUGAAGUCGCGAGCAUUGCAGGGUUUGUUGUGCUCAAUUCCAGGAAUGAAAGUGAAGAUAUCAAGAAUAUCGUUGAGCAUGUCAAUAAAAUAUUGGACAAGAAAGAGUUGUUUAUUGCUGACCAUCCUGUUGGAGUGUCUUCUCGUCUACAAGGUUAUAUUAAAAUAUCAAAAAACCAUUCACCAAAUGAUGUUCUCUUGCUAGGGAUAUGGGGGAUGGGCGGUAUAGGUAAAACAACCAUUGCCAAAGCCAUUUAUAAUGAAAUUGGUCGAACAUUUGAGAGCAGAAGUUUUCUUUCAAAUAUUAGGGAAGUUUGGAAGAGAGAUAAUGGUCCAGUUAACUUACAGCAACAGCUUCUUUUGGAGAUUUGUAAAACAGAAAAGAAGGAAAUAUUUAGCAUCGAUUUUGGAAAAGUCAAAUUAAAGGAACAUCUUUGCCAUAAGAGAGCACUUGUUGUGCUUGAUGAUGUAAAUAAGGUUGAGCAGCUGAAUGCUUUAUGUGGAAGUUGUGAAUGGUUUGGUCCAGGGAGUAGAAUAAUUGUCACAACUAGAGAUAAGCAUUUGCUCAAUGUUCUUAAAGUGAACCAUGUAUAUGAAAUGAAAAAGAUGGACCAACAUGAAUCUAUUGAGCUUUUCAGUUGGCAUGCUUUUAAGCAACCAAGUCCUAGAAAGGGAUUCGUUGAACUUUCUAGAAAUAUAGUUGCUUAUUCUGGAGGACUGCCACUAGCACUUCAAAUCCUUGGUUCCUAUUUAUGUGAUAGGGAAGUGACAGAGUGGAAAAGUGUACUAGAGAAACUAAAAAAAAUCCCCAAUGAUGAGAUACAAAAGAAGCUAAAAAUAAGUUUUGAUGGGUUAAGUGAUGACAUGGUGAAAGAAAUCUUCCUUGAUAUAUCUUGCUUCUUUAUUGGAAUGGAUAGGAGUGAUGUCACAAAGAUAUUGGAAAGUAGUGGACUUUUUCCAGACAUUGGAAUAAGUGUCCUUGUGGAGCGGAGCCUUGUAACUAUUGAUGAGAAGAACAAGCUUGGCAUGCAUGAUUUGCUGCGAGAUAUGGGGAGAGAAAUAAUCAGAGAACGAUCACCAAAAGAGCUUGGAAAGUGUAGUAGGUUAUGGUUUCAUGAAGAUGUGGUUGAUUUACUAUCAAAACAUAGUGGUACAAAAUUUGUUGAGGGGGUAGCUUUGAAUCUGUUGCAAACCAAUAAAGAUUGUUUUUCUACCAAAGCAUUUAAAAAGAUGAAGACACUCAGAUUGCUCUGCCUUGGUAAUGUGGAGCUUGAUGGAGACUAUAAAUACAUUAGUAGAGAUCUCAGAUGGCUUUGUUGGUAUGGGUUUCCUUUGAGAAACAUCCCUGCCAACUUAUAUCAGAAAAAAUUAGUUGCUAUUGAGUUAAAAUACAGUAGCCUCAAACAAGUUUGGAGGGAACCCCAGUUAUUGGAGAGACUGAAAAUCCUAAAUUUUAGUCACUCCCCUUUCUUGACGCAGACUCCUGACUUCUCAAAACUACCAAAUCUUGAAAAGUUGAUUCUUAAAAAUUGUCCAAAUUUGUCCAUUGUUCAUCCUACCAUUGGACAUGCCAAUAAACUGCUUCUAAUAAACUUGAAGGAUUGUACUAACCUCUGCACUCUCCCAAGAAGUGUCUAUAAUUUAAAAUCCCUAAAAACUCUCAUUCUGUCUGGUUGUGCAAAGAUUGAAAAGUUAGAAGAAGACAUAGAGCAAAUGGAUUCCUUGUCUUCUCUGAUUGCUGAUGACACUGCAAUAACACAAGUGCCUCUUUCUUUGGCUAGGUUAAAAAGCAUUGGCUAUAUAUCUCUUUGUGGCUAUAGGGGAUUGUCACGUGAUGUGCUUCCUACUCUCAUUUGGUCAAGGAUGUCCCCAACAAAUAAUCCUUUAUCUCUAAUUCCAACACAUGUGGGCAUGCCAAUUUCCUUGAAUAUGUUGAAUAGCAGUAUGGCUGGUCUUUCAUUUAUUUCUAAUAACUUCGCAAAACUACAAAGCCUUUUGUUGGAAAUCAGAUCACAGAAUGACCCUGAAAUGAUUCGCAGUGCUGCCAAAAUUUUGGAGUCCGUUUAUGCCAGAAUUUGCAUGGAUAUGGCAACAAUACCAAAUGCUUCAAAAAUCAAAGAGACUGAAUCUUCUGUGUUAUCUAGCCGUGAUAGUCAGGUUCACAUCUCAAGAUCAGAAAAUUGUUUGAGACAUCUUCUAAUUCAAAUAGCAAAGAAUGAUCAAGUCACUGCCACUCUUCUAGAGAAUAUUUUACAGGGGUUGAGUCCCAGUAAGUACGGUGAUGAUUGUGUCCUCCCAGGUGACAAAUAUCCCUAUUGGCAAAGUUUCAAGAGUGAAAGAGCUUCUGUGAAAUUUGAAGUGCCUCGAGUUAGUGGUUGUGACUUGAAAGGGAUGGUCAUUUGUUGUGUAUAUUUCCCUUCAGGUGAUCUGGGAAACAUGGCUUUUGAAUCUUAUAUUAGCUUAAUGAUCAUAAAUUAUACAAAGACAACCACUCUUCACUACAGGCAAGAUUCACUAACUUCAUUUGAAGAAGCAGAGUGGAAGGAAAUAGUAGCAAAUCUAGAUUCAAAUGACCAAGUGGAGGUGAUUGUAGUUUUUGGUAAUGGAUUCACUGUGAAAAGGACAGCAAUCUACUUGAAAUAUCAUGAGUCAUUUGACGAGCAGAUGGAACAUCCACUAUCACUAAGCAGAGAAAUGCAUAUAGAAGACAAAGACCAUGAUUUUGAGCUCUCGGGUAGAAAAAGAAAAAGAGAAGAGUUGUUGGAGCCUAAGCUUCAGAGGGGAGAAAGUGGUGGAAUCCCAUGAUCCAGUGAAGUGGUGCAGGAGGACAAGACUUGCACUAAUUAAACAUUUCUUUUUGUGUUAGUAUUUUUAUCUUUUUUGUUGUAUAAGAUUUCUUAGAUUAUCUGUUCUAGACUUGAAUAACUCCAUAUAUCCAUACUUAAUUUGUUUCUUA